CAUGUGGCGACGUCUUCUGACGGUUAAUGUAACUAAUAUAUAUACAUAUAUCUCUGUAACCUGAAAAAGUUUAUCGAAAUUAAACAUUACUUUAUUUUUAUAAAUAGAAUUAAUUAUAUAUUAAUAAAAUAUUUAAUAUAGUUACAAAAAUGUUGGCGACAAAGGUCUUUUUUAGGAAGACUAAAGGUGGAAAUAUUUAUAAGACUGUUAGAGAACACUACUUGCGGGAUGAUAUUUGGUGUGGUUCAAUGAUUUGCAAACAGAAUUCAAAAUAUUUUACAAAUCAUUGCAAACAGAAAAAUCGAGAAUGCAUUCUAGAUGAAGAUUCCAGUGCAAAAAGCACAUUAUUUUCAUCGUCGUACUAUUUGUUGUUGGAUACCAAUAUCAUUUUAGAUCAAAUUGAUAUAUUGUCAGAAAAUGUCUUUUACAAUGUUAUUAUUUUACAAACUGUUUUGGAAGAAGUACGACAUAAAAGUCCAACUGUUUAUAAAAGAUUAAAAGAAAUCAUUGCUGAUGUUAAAAGAAAGUUCUAUAUUUUUGUAAACGAACAUCACAAAGAAACUUACGUGGAAAGAGUACCAGGUGAAAAUAUAAAUGAUCGUAACGAUAGAGCUAUACGGGUUGCAACAAAUUGGUACAAUAAACAUUUGAAUAUUGAUGAACAAAAAAUUCUUAUUGUCCUAUUAACAGAUGAUCUGGAAAAUAAAAAAAAAGCUGUACAAGAAAACAUUCCUGUCUGUUCAAUGGAAGAAUAUAUUAAGUCAUUGGAAAACUCAAGUUUCUUACUAGAUAAGUUAUCUAAAAGAAAUUUUAUAUUGGAAACAGAGGGACAGGAAUUUUUCCCAUGCCAUUUAUCGCCAUCAGAAUUACAUAAUGGUAUUAAAAAUGAAAAAUUUUUCCAAGGAACAUUUUCAGUGUCCAAAGAAAAUUUUUUGGAAGGAAGCGUGAAUGUAGAUGGAAUAGAAAAACCGAUAUUGGUGCAAGGUAGAAUGGGUCUUAACAGAGCCAUUGACGGUGACAUAGUUGCGAUAGAACUUUUUCCAGAAGAUCAAUGGUCAACUCCCAGUGACAUUGUAUUACAAGAUGAAGACGAAACGGAUAUAACAGAUAUAUUAGAUGAUGAAAAAGAAUUAAAUAAUUCAUAUAUUGUAAAAGAAACUGAAAGAAUUCCAACAGGGAAAAUAGUGGGUAUCAUUAGAAGAAAAUGGAGGCAAUAUUGUGGUAUCUUACAACCAAGUAUUAUUCAAGGAAAUGUAAAACAUCUUUUUGUACCUGCUGAGAGAAAAAUUCCUAAAGUUAGAAUAGAAACUAGGCAAUCCGAAUUAUUAAGCAAACAAAGAAUUAUAGUAGCCAUAGAUUCAUGGCCAAGAAAUUCCAGAUAUCCAUUGGGUCAUUUUGUACGAGCUUUAGGUAACAUUGGAGAUAAAGAAACGGAAAACGAAGUAUUACUUUUAGAAUACGAUGUCCCGCACAGCCGAUUUUCCGAUGCAGUACUUGGUUUCCUUCCUAAAAUGCCAUGGAGUAUACCAGAAAAUGUUAUCGCAGAAAGGGAAGAUCUUAGGCAUUUAGAUAUUUGUUCCGUAGAUCCACCAAAGUGUACUGAUAUUGAUGAUGCUUUACACUGUAGAUUAUUACCAAAUGGUAAUUAUGAAGUUGGUGUUCACAUUGCAGAUGUGUCUCAUUUUAUUAAGCCUGGAACAGCUUUGGAUAAAGAAGCUGCUUUAAGAGGUACUACAGUAUAUCUUCUUGAUAAAAGGAUUUCUAUGAUACCAGAACUACUAAGUAACAAUUUGUGCUCCCUGAGAGAGAACGAAGAUAGAUUAACUUUUUCUUGUAUAUGGGAGAUGAACUCCGAUGCAAAUAUCAUAAAUACUAGAUUUUGUAAGUCCGUGAUUCGUUCACGUCGUGCUAUGACCUAUGAAGAAGCUCAAAUAAAAAUCGAUGACGUUAAUCAAAACGAUGUACUUGCCGAGUCAUUAAGAAAUUUAAAUAAUUUUGCAAAAAAAUUGAAAAAAAGACGAAUGGACAAGGGGGCUUUGACCUUGGCAUCACCUGAGAUCUAUUUGCGAGAAGAUAAUGAAACUCAUGAACCGAUCGACGUGCAAGUUAAACAUUUGAGAGAUACAAACUUUAUGAUCGAAGAAUUUAUGUUACUUGCAAACAUUUCAGUAGCAGAAAAAAUUAUUACAGAAUUUCCAGAAUGUGCAAUGCUGAGAAGGCAUCCGGAACCACCACAAAAAAAUUUUGAACCAUUGAUCAAAGCUGGAAAAAAUCAGGGCUUCGUAAUAAAUACAAACAGUGGAAAAGAACUAGCUGAAUCGCUGGAUAAAGCUCAAAAAGAAGACAAUCCUUAUUUCAAUAUUAUGUUGAGAAUUUUGACAACAAGAUGUUUGAUGCAAGCAGUAUACUUCAUUAGUGGAAUGCAUCAACAAAAUGAAUUCUAUCAUUAUGGAUUGGCUACCCCAAUAUAUACGCACUUCACAUCACCUAUCCGCAGAUAUGCGGAUAUUAUCGUGCAUCGUCUCUUAGCAAUAUGUAUCGGAGCAGAUGUUACUUGUCCAGAGUUAUUGGAUAAACAGCAAAACCACGCGUUAUGUCAUAAUUUGAACUAUCGAAAUAGGAUGGCACAGUAUGCUGGUCGAGCAUCGAUUGCAUUGAAUAUACAUUUGUUUUUUCGAGAGAAAGUCAAGGACGAAGAAGGAUAUAUUCUUUUUGUACGAAAAAAUGCCCUGCAAGUACUCGUUCCAAAAUAUGGUUUAGAAGGCACAGUGUAUUUAAAUAAAACAGAAUCAGUUACUUUUACAUAUAAUCGAGAGGAUCAUACUCAAUCAUACGGAAAUAUCAUAUUUCGUACAUUUGAUCUUAUUGUAGUGCAGUUAAGUUUAGACAGAUCUAACAUUCAACACGAGAAAUUGAUUUUCAAGCUUGUAAAGCCAGAGAUUCCAGGUUUCAGCGUUCCUCCGAUAACACCACAAGUUGUUGAACAAUCUGUUUCUACCGUGAAAGGAAACUUGGUAAUGAAUGCAAUAGAAAAAAGAAAAAGUGACAAAAUCCUGACAGAAAAUUCAAAUAUUGGUAAAAAGAAACACAAAAAAAGGAAAAAGAACUAAAUCAAGCAAAACAUAGUAUUUUUUGCAAACUAUAAUUUAUAUAAAAUAUAUAUGUAAAUUGGAAUAAAUUUUUAUGGCAAUUAUUAUGUUA